CGAGUGUUACUUGCGGUCAUCCGGGCUCCGGCCUUUUAUCUCGGCGCGGCUGGGGGAGGCGGGAGGAGGAGACACCGGGGGUGGCCCUGAGCACAGGCGACACCUUUUCCUGGACUAUAAAUUGAGCACCUGGGAUGGGUAGGGGGCCGACGCAGCCACCACCGCCUGCAGUCACAGUCCGGCCACUGACCGUAGCAGCGCCCUUGGGCAGCGACAGCUGGCAGCGGAAACACUGAGCUGUCAAAGGAGCAAGGAACCAACAGACCCAAGAAGAGCCAGGCCAGGGCCCGUCUCACCGACCACCCACCGCCAUCGCGAGCUUCCGUACGCCAAAGCCCAGAGAAGCCGCGCAUCCCGCACCGCCGGGCUGCGAAUAGAGAGGAGAGUAGGAGAGUGCGGAGGAGGAGCCGGGAAUCCCGCCGCUCCGGCUGCAGCCAGGCCCCCGGCGCAGGCCUUGGAGAGUGCCUGAAGGCGUGCACCCCCUCUCCCCCGCCGAGCAUCCUGGUGCCUCUGAGUCCCCGAGCUUCGACCCCGCGCGCGGCCACCAUGAUGCAAAUCUGCGACACCUACAACCAGAAGCACUCGCUCUUCAACGCCAUGAAUCGCUUCAUCGGCGCCGUGAACAACAUGGACCAGACGGUGAUGGUGCCCAGCCUGCUGCGCGACGUGCCCCUGGCGGAGCCUGGGCUAGAUGACGACGUUGGCGUGGAGGUAGGCGGCAGCGGCGGCUGCCUGGAGGAGGGCACGCCCCCGGCCCCCAGCCCGGGCAGCGCCAACGGCAGCUUUUUUGCGCCCUCCCGGGACAUGUACAGCCACUACGUGCUGCUCAAGUCCAUCCGCAACGACAUCGAGUGGGGAGUCCUCCAUCAGCCGCCGCCGCCGGCUGCGGGGAGCGAGGAGGGCAGCGCCUGGAAGUCCAAAGACAUCCUGGUGGACCUGAGCCACUUGGAGAGCGCGGACGCCGGCGAGGAAGACCUGGAGCAGCAGUUCCACUACCACCUGCGCGGGCUGCACACUGUGCUGUCCAAACUCACGCGCAAAGCCAACAUCCUCACCAACAGAUACAAGCAGGAGAUUGGCUUCAGCAACUGGAGCCACUGAGGAGGGUGCCUGCGGCUGCCCAGCGCCCUCUCCGGCCCCACCUCUCACCUUCUCUCUUUCCUCAAAGCUCUUUUCUUCUGGGCUGUGUGGCGCGAAGAGCAGACUGCAAAGUUGGGGGGCUGCGUACGUGCAGAGGGCGCGGCUGGGCUGUGUGGAGGAGGAGAGGAUAGUGGCAGCGGAAGAGGGGGGACUUAAGCCCCCACCCCCACCCCGCGGGUGUCUGUGUUCUCUGUUGGUGGGAAUGGGGUUGGGCUGAAGGCCCGGAUUCAGCCUGUGCCUUUCCUGGGGUUUCUUGUCUGUUCUUUCCGGAGGAAAAGGGCCUGGGAAGGGGCCAUGCCAGGGCGCGGCACUGGGUUGCCACACUUGGGAGUGCAGCCCAGAGCUGGGUGGUGGGGAAGGCGGGGCGGGCAGCCUCCCGCCGCGCUGUGGUUGGGCCAGUGGAGGCCCUGGCGUUGCUAGGAUUGCAUCAGUUUUUCCUGUUUGCACUAUUUCUUUUUGUAACAGUGGCCCUGUCUUAAGUAUUUCAAAUCUCCUUGCUCUGAAACUUCCGCGAUUCCAUUGUGAUAAGCGCACAAACAGCACUGUCUGUCGGUAACCGGUACUACUUUAUUAAUGAUUCUCUGUUACACUGUACAGUAGUCCUGUGGCACCCUCACCCCCAUCCCCUUCACCCCACCCCUCCCCCACCCCAGUGUGUUGUAAGCUGGCAGGGUGCCAGCUUGUACAAAGCUUGCCACUCUGCCAGUGAAAAUAAUAACAUUAUUAUGAGAAAGUGGAUUUAUCGAAAAUGGAACCAACUGACAUUCUACACGUGUUGUGCAUAGGAUGAUGAAGGGUUCCUCUGUUGUUAUAUGUCUUAAUUUUAUUUAAAACUUUUUUUAAUCCAGAUGUAGACUAUAUUCACAAAAAUAAAAAACCCAAAUGUGUUAACUAAUCUAGACCAGCGUUUGUUGCUCUUUAAUCUGCCAACAAAAGGGUUAGAUCCUAAAUAAAAAUAAAUAUAAGUGACUUCCUUUUUUUUUUUAGCAAAGGCAAGUUUUAUUUUUCUCUCCAGUGUUUCGAGGUGGUGGCUAUUCAUCUCUGUGGGUAUUUAGUUUUGUUUGGAAAGUGGCUACUGACGAGAUUUGCUAAUUCAGUACC